UACCCAUCAAUUGACCUUUACAUCCAGCUCAAUUGAGAUAGUCUUUCUCCCACAAUGUCCAGAUUGUUCAGUCAUAUCCGGCGGCGCAGCUCCACGCAUCGCCCGAAGCCUCCCACCCCGCGCAGGGUCUAUGUCGUUUCCAACUCACCUACCUUUGACACUGCUUCCCUGCGCCGACUAGAGACGGAGGGGUUCUCGGUCGAAUAUGUGCCGUUUCUCGCGGAGAGCGACGAUAUCGACCGGGACAGAAGGGAAUUGGAGAGGAUCAUUCAUGAGCGAGGGGAUGACCUUGAACCUGGGGAGAGAUAUGCGAUUGUGGCGUUCAACCGCCCCGCAUAUCUCCUUUUCCGCUCGCAUCACCAGUCAUCAAGCACGAACCCCUUCCCUCGCCUUUGCGCCUUUAUUGCUUUCUACCCAGAUGCCCCGCAGGUGGCAUCUUUAAACUCUUCGGAGCCAGCUCGUCUCCCGCCCUCGACAACCGCAGCAUCAACAUCGACGUCUAUGGCCUUUAAGACUGACGCGAACCUCGCAAUCCAGAUUCACCUCGCUGGGUCGCGGAACGAGAGCUUUGCGAUGUGGGAUGACAGUAACAAGCGGCAUCAUUGCCACCUGCUCUUCUACCCGGAGUCCCAACCAGGCUUUGCAGAGUCCGCUGCCUCAUCGACGUAUGACCGCACUAGUUCGCGAUUGGCAUGGAGCCGAUCGUUGAACUGUUUGAAACGCGGUUUUGGAUGGCCUAGUGGUGGAGGUGAUUGGGGGGCGCCUGAUCCGGAGCUGGUCUGGGAAGGAUAUUGGAGGAAUAUCCACGAGUCCGCCAAAAAUCCACCCUCUACUUCGUCGCCUGACAUGCUUGGUCUGAUGGUGGGUGGAGGAGCUGGGAAUCGGCAAUUCGAUGACCGGACGUGUGUGAAUUGUGUUCCUUCUGGCGUCGGAGGGUCGUCACCCUCCGAAAUCACGACGUUUUACUCCACGAAAUUCGUCCCUUCUGGCCCACCUUCCCAGCGAAUCCGCCUGCUUUCUCGCACUUCGGGCGCGGACCGCGUGGUUGACGAGCUGCUGCUCACCUUUGAGCAUACAGAGGAAAUACCCUGGAUGCUACCUGGGGUACCGCCGACUGGACGUUCUGUUCGCAUCCCCCUCAUCAUGACAGCUGGCUUCCUGGGUGGGAAGAUCGCCAACCACAACAUAUACUGGGAUCAAGCAAGCGUGCUGGUGCAGGUUGGUCUCUUAGACCCAACCCUUAUCCCAACCAGUUUCAAAGCAAUCGGGCCAAACCGCGAAGGAAAGGACACCAUCGAGCGAAUGCCUGUUGUAGGCGAAGAAGCUGCAAGUAGCGUUCUAUAUUAAUUGGAGAGAUAAGCCAUAAUUGAUAAAGCAGAAUUAAGCCACAA